AUGUUACACUUAGCACCAGCUGAACUCAUCAGAGACACAAUAGAAGGUUUCAACAUAGAUACAGAUCUUGAUACUAUUGAUAGAAUAAAUGAAAAUUUAAAUAUAUUAAUAAAUGAACGUGAAGAAAUUUUAAAAAUUGAACAAAAUCAAUUAAAACUUCUAAGUGAUCAAUUAAAUCAAAAUUCUUUAAAUUUAAAUUCUUUAGAAAAUUCAAAUAAUAGAUUAGAAAUUAAAUCUUCAAUAAAACAAAAUCAAUCAAAAGAAUUAUCAAUAAAUAAAAAUUUAAGAGAAUUAACAACUCAAAAACAAGAUUUAUCAACUUCACUAAGUUUAUUAUUAGAUGAAUUUAAUGAAUUAAAUAUCAAGAUUAAUAAUUUAGAAAAUUUAAAAAAAAUUGAUGAAUUAGAUGAAAUGGAUAAAAAUACAUUAAAAUUAUCAAUUUAUGAAAAAUUUGGUAUAAAAACAAAUGAAAAAUCUGAAUUAAUUAUUUAUAAUAAAGAAAAAAAUUUUAAUGAUUAUUUAAAUUUUGGUGAUGAAAAAUUAAGUGAUUUUUUUAUAUCAAAUUAUAUUUGGGAUAAAAUUGAAUAA